AAAGUGAACCGUUGUUUUGGUUGUUAUCAGCUUGCGUACAAUAACAAAAUCGAGAGCACGGAAUAAAUCUUGUUUGCUCAGGGUCAACUUUACAACACGCCGGUUGGUCUAAUUUGCUCAUUUUGAUAACAACGAAUCAGUCACCGGACGCGCGAGCGCUUAUCAAAGAUAGGACAGCAGAGAGAGAGGACAUUUGCGUUUUUUGGGGGCCCUUUCAGUUCGUUACGGUUGCUUGAGCAGAGUUAGAGCAGAGCAGUAAACAUGGCCGCACCAAGGAAGGUAAUUAUCGAUCUGGAUGUCGGUACAGACGACGCAUGGGCCCUGUGGAUGCUGCUGCAGUGUGAGAAGACGUACGGCUACGAGGUGAUCGCCAUCACGUGCGUGAACGGCAAUACGGGCGUGGAGAAUGUGGUGGAAAACACGCUCACCGUGCUGUCCGCGAUGGGCCGUACGGAUGUGCCCGUGUACCGGGGUGCCCACGAACCGCUGGUCCAUCCGCGGGGAACGAAAUACGACGGCAACUUCCACGGCCAGAAUGGGCUCGGUGAUAUCGACUUCGGGAUCGAGGUGAACCGCACUCCCCUGCAAGAGGAACACGCGGUCACUGCCAUCCAGCGUCUGCUGAACGCGCACAAAGGAAGCAUCGAUUUGAUCUUUAUCGGUCCGCUGACGAAUUUGGCACUGGCCAUGAAGCUACGGCCGGGGCUGCUGAAGCAGGCGAGCCAUCUCUACAUCAUGGGCGGCAACCGGCACGGAGUCGGCAAUAUCACGUGGUCGGCCGAGUUCAACUUCCACACCGAUCCGGAGGCGGCCCAUAUUGUGCUGCAGAGCGAUUGCUGCCCGAUCUCGAUCGUACCGUGGGAGACGUGUCAGCGGCACGCCGUUCCGCUGGCCUGGCGAAUGGAGGAGCUGGGUGCGGAUGAAACCAAACCGAUGCUGCGGAUACUGAACGCAGUGGAGCGCAAAGUGUACGGCCAGCGGCCAAACUGGAUGCCGUGCGAUGCGUACCUGGUGGCGGCGUUCAUUCAACCGGACUGUGUGCUGAAGGCCCACAGCUAUACGGUUGACGUGGAGCUGCACGGUGCGCUUACCCGCGGUCAGAUGGUGCUGGAUCACCGCGGUGCUGGCGCGGGCCACGUGCGCAUCAUCGACGAUAUUGAUGAGGGCAAGUUUAAGGAGCUGUGCUGGAAGACGGUCGCCUGAAGCGGCUGGAAUUGGCAGGAGAUACCGAACAAGUGUGCCUUAUGUAGAUGGUUUGUUUGAUUUUACAUUUAUUUGAUUGCUUUUACAUACUGUUAAACGAUCUUUACGACGACAAUAAAACAACGAUGGUUGUUUCAAUAAAUAAACAUAAUAUUAAUAAGUAA